AUGCCAGAAAAAAGUUCAGUCAUCCGCAGGUCGGUCAAUGGGAUGAAGUAUAAGAUCAAAGAAUCCUGGGCAAAGCGGCCUUGGGGGCCAAAGCGAUUGUGGAUUCCUCUCACGGACGAUGAGAAAUUCCCCCCUCCCUGGCAGAACAAUAAAGCUUCUCUCGAAAAAAUCAGAUCGCCAGACGAGCAUAUAUGCACUCUUGCGGGCUUCUACCGUAGAAGAGGCGGCGGUUUGAUGGGGCCGGAGGAUUUCGUCGUGGUGUAUAGACAAAGCCACCAAGGCAACUUUUUCAAGAAGCCACAGCCGAUAGACUUCAAUGCUACCAAGGUCGAGCUUAUAGCAUAUGGAGGAAUGUUCCCUAUGGUGGCGCCAGAAUACGACGACUGGGUAGAUAUCGAGCUCACUAACGAUACUUGGCUCAGCCCAAACCAGAGGCUCCAAGUGGAUCGGAUGGAAAAGCAAGUUGCCGAAGCAAGUCAAAAUGAAGGUGACAUGUACGCCGUCUUGCAAUUGCUGCGGCGAUUCAAGAGGCUGAGAGAACUUGAUAUUAUCAUCGAAGUUCGAAUAACUGAGCACAACCAGGUCUACAGCAGCCAAGAUUUAGCACGCCUCAAAGCUCUUCUUAGGCCUCAUCCUGACCGAGACGAGAUCCAAGGUCGAGUGUUUAUUCGGUUUGAACGCACUGAGGAUCUACCAAACUUCACACCAGAAUUAUUGCGGAAGUGGCAGGAGAGCUGGUAUGGGGCACUUACUGCACCCAGACCUCAUGAACUGGGAUGGCCUGGACUUAAACGAGAGCCCAGAUGGCCAAUAUCCAGAAGCUACCCAUAG